AUGUAUCUACAAAACACAAUUCAGGACAAUGUGGAAAACGCGACCAGGACGAGAACCGGGAACAUCCAGGCCAGCAACACCAACCCGGGCGCGGCCCAACGCCCAGGCGUGUCUUGCAUGCGUUGGGGAGGGGCGAAAUGGAGCACGCGACCUGAAUGGGGCGAACUGGCAGGUGAACCACACAACACUACCCCAGCGCCCCAAACGAAGCGGGGAUGUCUCCACCAGGAGAGCGGCCUUGCAGUAGAUGAUCGUUAG